AAUAUUAUAUACCUGUAGCUAAGGUACUAGGUUUAUAUUGAACAAAAGUAUCAACCUUGGGACACCGCCUCUUUUACCGGACGUGAAGCUGAUGCAUACAGCUUCCGCUGCACUGCAUGCUUGGAGUAUGUUCGUGGUUUCCUGCUUCCGUUUAAUUCCUGCCGAAGAUCACGCUGGCUCCUGUUACUGUGAAGAUCACGUACAAUAGACGUCACUGCGUUUGUCAGUAAAGGGGAAAUAUUAUAACAAUAUCUGACAAAUUCAUCUGUGCUGAACAAGACAAUGUCUGACAGGAACCAAACCUCAGACCAUCCUGAUGCACACAGAGAUGAAUAUAACGCUGAUAUAGUGAAAGUUGAGAUAACAGAAGAUCUGUGGGUGAAGCAUCAGCUGGAAGCACCAGAUGAGGAAACCAGUGACAGCAUCAGCUCAGGCCGUAUGGAUGUGAUGCCUUCAGAUGGCUCAGCAGUUGAGUACAGAGGAGAACCGUAUGUGUGUGAUCACGUGAAGACUGAGGAGGAUGAAAUUCCUAUCAAUACGGCUAUAGGUGAUAUUAAGACUGAAGUCACUCUUAAUACUGAACAGACUAAUGUCCUGGGUGCUUUGAAGCAGGAAAUCGGUGACAAUAUCAGUACAGGUGAUAUUAAGACUGAAGUCACUCUUAAUACUGAACAGACUAAUGUCCUGGGUGCUUUGAAGCAGGAAAUCGGUGACAAUAUCAGUACAGGUGAUAUUAAGACAGAAGUCACUCUUAAUACUGAACAGACUAAUUACCUGGAUGCUUUGAAGCAGGAAAUCGGUGACAAUAUCAGUACAGGUGAUGUUAAGACGGAAGUCACACUUAAUGCUGAACAAACAAAUGAUCUGUAUGUAAAGAGUCAGCAGGAAGCUGUGAAGCAGGAAAUAAGUGACAAUAUCAGUACAGGUGAUAUUAAGACUGAAGUCACUCUUAAUACUGAACAGACUAAUGACCUGGAUGCUUUGAAGCAGGAAAUCGGUGACAAUAUCAGUACAGGUGAUAUUAAGACAGAAGUCACUCUUAAUACUGAACAGACUAAUUACCUGGAUGCUUUGAAGCAGGAAAUCGGUGACAAUAUCAGUACAGGUGAUAUUAAGACUGAAGUCACUCUUAAUACUGAACAGACUAAUGACCUGGAUGCUUUGAAGCAGGAAAUCGGUGACAAUAUCAGUACAGAACACGAAAAAUAA